AUGGUUUCAAAAUUCAGCGAGAACGACGAAAAUGAAUUUCCAUCAAAAACAUCCAUUUUUUCAGGGGCUAUGCCACUUGAUAACAAGGCUGCUUUGAAAAAAGUUUUCAAGUCUGCUCAUUUGAAUCAGCUCAAGAGAGAUCAUAGAGAGGAAGCCCUUCUACCCUGGCAAGAAUUCUUUUCCAAGGUUUUGAAGAACUUCUGGUCUCCCGAAUAUUCUGCAGACAAUCAAAUUCCCAACUGGAACCGGAUUUUCAAACUGAACAAUCAAAAAUCGAUUUAUCAGCUUAAAUGGAUCUUUUUUUGUGAAAGUAUGCCGAAGGCAGAAAUUAUAAAAUUCUUUGAAGAUAGCGAGGUAGCGAACAUAUUUUUCGGCGACCUUAAGAUACCUCCCAUACCAUCGGUUUCUGAUACUCCUGAAUUGGAUAUCGAGACUUUUGUCGAAUCGACGCAAGAGCAGCAAUCUGUCCAAGAGCAGGAACAGAUUCAUGAAAACCUCGAAGACAAAAAUGUGCUCCAUGCAGAUCCUUCACCUUUUGGAAUAUCUUCUUUCAAACUGCCUUAUUUAAGGCUU